CGCCGACACUUCGCCCCGAGUUUAGCGACUCACGGGGGCUUCGAGCAUGAGCAAGCCGGCGGGAUCAACAAGUCGCAUUUUAGACAUCCCUUGCAAAGUGUGUGGGGACCGCAGCUCCGGAAAGCACUAUGGGGUUUACGCCUGCGAUGGGUGCUCGGGAUUUUUCAAGCGGAGCAUCAGGAGGAAUAGGACCUAUGUUUGCAAAUCAGGAAAUCAGGGAGGUUGCCCGGUGGACAAGACGCACAGGAACCAGUGCCGAGCCUGCCGGCUGAAGAAGUGCUUGGAGGUCAACAUGAACAAAGAUGCGGUGCAGCACGAGCGGGGCCCCCGGACGUCGACGAUACGGAAGCAGGUGGCCCUCUACUUCCGCGGGCACAAGGAGGAGAGCGGCGGAGCCCCGCACUUCCCCGCUGCCGCCCUGCCGGCACCCGCCUUCUUCACCGCCGUCUCCCAGCUGGAGCCCCAUGGUCUGGAGCUGGCCGCUGUCACUGGCACCCCUGAGAGACAGGCUCUGGUGGGCCUGGCACAGCCCACCCCAAAGUACCCACAUGAAGUCAACGGUACCCCUAUGUAUCUCUACGAAGUGGCCACUGAAUCCGUCUGCGAGUCAGCAGCCAGACUUCUGUUCAUGAGCAUCAAGUGGGCCAAAAGUGUGCCAGCCUUCUCCACCUUGUCCUUACAAGACCAGCUGAUGCUUUUGGAAGAUGCUUGGAGAGAACUGUUUGUUCUAGGAAUAGCACAAUGGGCCAUUCCAGUUGAUGCUAACACUCUACUGGCUGUAUCUGGCAUGAAUGGUGACAAUACAGAUUCUCAGAAGCUGAAUAAAAUUAUUUCAGAAAUACAGGCCUUACAGGAGGUUGUGGCUAGAUUCAGACAACUUCGGCUAGAUGCUACUGAAUUUGCCUGUCUCAAAUGCAUUGUCACUUUUAAAGCUGUGCCCACACACAGUGGUUCUGAACUGAGGAGUUUCCGGAAUGCGGCCGCCAUAGCAGCCCUUCAAGACGAAGCCCAGCUCACCCUGAACAGCUACAUUCAUACCAGGUAUCCCACACAACCCUGUCGUUUUGGAAAACUUCUAUUGCUUUUACCAGCUUUACGUUCAAUUAGUCCAUCUACAAUAGAAGAAGUAUUUUUCAAAAAGACCAUUGGGAAUGUACCAAUUACAAGACUGCUUUCAGAUAUGUACAAAUCCAGUGACAUAUAAAUUACCUUAAAAUAAACAAUCAGGAUGGACAGUUUGAGAAGAACUUUUAUCUAUGGAAAAUAAGCCUCAACUAACAAAAUCUACAGGAAGCAUAAGCCUGGGAAUGUUUAGUCCUUAAACUCAUUGACAAAAAAUACCCCAGUAGAUAUGAUUCUGCUGCUCUGAACAGAGUGAUUUAGAUCAUGGAGAGAAUGCUUUGUUCUACAGAAAAAGUGAAAGUGGUUGGAAUUUGGCUGCUAUUCCUGUUACUACAGGAUGGAGGCAAUUCAGAUGCCAGUCAUAGUUAACAAAGACUCUGCUAUUCUCUCAUUCAACUGGCAGAUCUGAGACAAAAUGUGAAAGAAGGUACUUUAGCUUGUUCAGUAUUUGGAACCGGGUGACCAAACUUGGCUUCUGUUGUAACACAAGAUGUGGUGGCCUUCAGAAUUGUUUUAAAAGUAGCCUAUGUUGGGAAAAUGUUUUUAAUAUGAUAGGCAACAUUUGAGACCAAGUUACCAAAACAUUGCUUCUGCUAUAAUGCAUCAUGAAGUGGCCUUCAGAACUGAUUAAAAGGUAGCUUAUGACGGCAGCUCCAUUCUUCCUACAAAAUGAACUGGUGAUCUUUGACGCAGAUGUCACCACAAUUUGUUCGGUUAACAUCUCAAAGACAGAAGAGCUUUAUACAUUUCCUCCCUGACCUUCCCUCCUUUUUCUUCCACACACAGACAUACAUUCAAACACACACACACCCCCCCACACCCACCCACACACCUGAAAAGAGACAACACAAAAAAGGAAGACUAAAACAGCAAAACCAAAUACAAUGGAGAUGACCGCUUCAGUGAUCUGCUGGCUGUCCUGUUGGCACAGUGCUGAAACCAAAGGCAACAGUGGCCAAACUCUUUGUCAAUGAGAUGUGCAGAGAAAUGAAAUGACUAUAAAAAAAUCAAUGGAAGGAAUUUUAUUUCAAAGAAAUAAAGGUUGUUGACUGAUACAAUGCUAACAAUUUCCAAAAGUCUCCAAUGCCUUUUUAGAAAACUCCAGGUUCUAAUUUUGA